AUGAAUAUUGGUAAUACUGAUAAUUUAUCAAAGACGUUUUCUUUUAAAUGUAAAAGAAAAUUGGAUUCCAAUUCUACUUCAACAACUGCUGAUUUUACAAACGAUGAAACACCCUCUAGAAAAAAAAAGAAGCAACAACACAAUACUUUCAAAAAACACCCACUUGGAGAUUGUCAAGCAUCUAGUCUUGGUGAUCUUGCUUACUUAAUUGAUGAGUUGAUUUUAGAAAUAAUUGGAUACCUUGAUCCAAAAGAUUUACUAAACCUUUACUCUACUAGCAAGGUUUUAUAUUGUUUUGCGACUUUUGAUGAGCUAUGGAAACAAUUCACUAUACAAAGAUUUGGCA